GCUGAUCUGGUCCCAUCUUUUUCAAGAGAAUCUGCUGCAGCUCCCCCUGAUCUAUCCACGGCCACCGGAGCUUCACUUGUUCCUUUCAGCUCCAAGAUCCUCAUAAAGCUCAGUUCUUGAAUUGAGGGUCAGAGCUGGGAAGAUCCCCCGCAUCUCCUGAUGCCCUCCUAGAAGCGCGAAGCAGCAAGAAUCCAUGUACAGCUCGACAGUUCUGUCUCUCAGGGCCAAAGGAUCUGCUUCUUUCCCCUUCACCGACCAUUCUCACUCCCCAUUGGCUGAUAGAGUAGAUAGGUGCGGUGUACAUUUCUCUUUGUCGUCCUCGUCGUCGUGUUGCUAUAGCUGUUGUUGUUGUGCUUGUGCUUGCUGUGGACAUGGCCGUGCUGCUGCCCACGGGGUGCCCGUAAGCGCUACCUUUUUGUAUGGGCUGAGGCAGUCGUCUUUGCUCCAGCGGUCAGCUUCCAGAAGGCUGAUUUUGGGCGGUGGCGGAGAUCGGCAGUAUUACCAGGUCCCGGGGUAUGGAGUUGGGCGGGAUCAUUAUGAGUCAUCCUGCGUUUUUAAGGAGAGGGGCGGUGAGGGAGGAGGCAGAGGGAGGAGGAGGAAAGUUAUUCAGUGUAUGGUCUCGGAAGAGAACAGUGAGAUUCGGCGGUUAAGCCAGUUCGAGGAAGCUGAGGCUGUGCUUAGUUUGUUGAUUGAGGAAGUGGAUGUGGGGUCAUUUGGUGGCGGAGAGAGGAAGGGGGCUUCCACCUCCAAGAGGGUGGAAAUGGAGAAGAAGAAGAUUUAUGGGAGUGAAUGUUCAAAGGGCAGGAAGAGGAAUGUGAGGUCGGAUUUAGCCGAGAGAGAUUCGAAGCACAGGCUUGAAUCGGUAGCAAUUGAGUCUAGGGAGGAGUGUCAUUCGUGUAAAAUGAAGAGGGAAAGGGAGUCGAGACAGGAGGGUGGUAAGAUGAGGAAAGACGCAUCUGAUUGCUCUUCUUAUUACUCUGUUUCAUCUUCGGGUGAUUUCGAGAGCGGUUCAGAAGAGAUUAGAGAUGCUAAGUUUCAGCAAAACUCGUCAGCUUCGAAUGAUGAAGACUCUUCAGCGAAAGAAAGGAGUCGGAUGCGGAAGGAACCAUCGGAAGAAUUAAAGAGGAAUGAGGAGGUUGGGGAGAAAGAUGCAGUUUUGCAACGCAAAGGGUCCACUUUGAGGAGUAAUGCUGAGUGGGAUUCGAGAAAGAAGUCAGAGAAAAAGCUUGAUGAAGUUUCAAUGGAAGAGACACAAUCAACAAAGGAAUCAUCGCUGGUGCCACCUAGCAUAUUGAGGACCCAUGGAGAAGAUGAUUAUCAAAAAGCGUCCACUUCUCGCCGGCAAUUCACUGGUGUAGAUGAGAAGUUGGAUGUGUCAGUUAAUUUAGACUCAAGAGGCAGAAGAAGCAUUUAUAGUCGAACAGAAAAUGAUGCUGUCGCUCUAUCAGAGUUGAGAAAGAAAACAGAAAAAUCUGCUGACGUUUGUAAAGUCUGUGGCAGUGACGUGACGUUGUCUUCCCAAUCUCGUGAACAGCUUGGUAUGAGGGAAGAGAAUGUGGCUGUCUCCACUGAUUCUGUUGGGCAGGCUAGAGAUGAUUCCCUAAAAGCAGUGAGGAGGUCUCCCCAACAACUUUCUGCAGGGGUGAGAGUCCAAGAAAUUGAUUCUGAGGCAGCAUCCAAGCUGCAGAGGGAGUCUGACACCAGGGUCAGUAAUAGGCAAGAAAGCAAGAGCCUUACCUCGGGUUCAGCUCAGAAGAGAGAGCAGCAAAAGAAAGUCCAGAAAGAUGAGCAGAUUAUUAAACAAAGUGACAUGAGGAGAUCUCAACAGCACACUGAGUUGUCAGAAUGUCACCAAAAUAUUGAAAGAACAUAUAUUUCAAAUAGACAGCGCCGGGAAGAAAACACAAAUUUGGUUUCAAGCUCAGUAUCUAAUCAUAGAGAACAAUAUUCCCAGACCACACAAGAGGAAGCAUAUUGUAGCAAACGUUCAAGAGAUGAAUCUACAGAUCUCACCAGCAAAUCAUCGCACCGUGUGAAUGAGGGGGAGACUGCUUUGAGCUCCCAAAGAACUUCUGAACAGAAAAUGGCUGAUAGGAGAAGCAAUAUUACAGUUGUUGUGAAUGUAGGUGAUGGUGUGAGUAAAAGUCGUGGGGGAAGUAGUGAAAGAGUCAUGCAAACUGAAUCUCAAAAUGAGGGUACAAGGCUCACUAAAGUAUUUAGUUCUCCAGUGAAUGUUCCUAGAAUGAAUCGUCAAGCAGAGCCUCAAAUUGGUGAUGACAAAGAUAGCUCAACAUUGAUAUCGACCACUCAGCCUCCUCAGGGUCGUGUCCCUGCUUAUAUUAGGCAGACCGGUAGGGUGGAAGCUUCAGAAAGCAAAUUUACAGGACUGUGGACCCCUGAACUGAAGCCUGAGGUUGAAAGUGAACAUAGAGGAGAUGGUGCAUAUGGGACACCCCUUAACCUGGUGGCUCCUGAGGAUGCUCUUGAAUCGGCACAGCGUUUUGAUCAGUUGUCUAAUCAGGUAGUUGGAGAGUUCAUAGAAAAGGCUCGGCAUGAAGUUUUGAGUUCAGAACUCCAAUUAAAGACAUCUGAGACAGAGUUGACAGAUAGAAGACAAGAUCAAACACAAACGAGUUCCAGUCGAUUUGGUUCUGAAGUUAAAAUUAAGGGUGGUCACUCAAGGAGCUCGUUGAGGGGUUCUGGAACAAAGGGGCCUUCUGAUGAAAUAUGGCUUGAGACUAAGAUCUCUGCCCAAGAACCUCCAAAGGCAGAGGCAGAACCACCUGAGAACAUUGUGGGAAGUGGACAAGCUAUUGUGAAGAGGACAGGCCGGUCUCUGUGGAAUAUAAUCGCUGAUAUAGUUCGUUUGCGAUGGGGCUCACAUGCUGAGACUCCACAUUCAACUUCUCGAAGAGGAAAAAAGAGUUCGUCAAAUGAAUCUGCAAGUAGUGAGGCAUGGUUUUCUGGUCGUGAGCAGGGAAGCACACCAGCUGAAGCAAUAACACCAUUGCAUAGGAUCCAAUCGACGAGUGCUUCUGUUAAGAGUCAAGCAGAGUCUUCAUCAAGUGACAAGAACAGACUUUUCGAGGAGCAGGUUUCAUCUCCUCUUACUUCGGGAACUAGUUCAGCAUCACAGGUCACCUCUUCUACUAACAUACAGGAAGAUUAUGGUACCCAUGAAUAUAUGAAACAGUUGGAAAGUAGUGGUACUCCUUUCUCAAUUGAACUAGUUGAGCCGUCAGCUUCUGCGGUGGAAGUAGAAGCUACAGUUGGUGCAGGUGGAGCUGAUUUAUCCCUGGGCGGUUCAAUGGAGAAGAUGGAGCCACCAGCUGCGAAGUUGACAAUGGUGUCGGGAAUGGAAGGAAAAAGUGGAGCGCUGAAGCAGAGAGAAUUCCAGAGAGCCAGGCAGGUCCCAAAAGAUAGGUUUGAUGAAUGGGAAGAGGCCUAUAAACUCGAAAGCGAGCAGUGUAGGAUUGAUGAGAUGUUUAUGAGGGAAGCACUGAUAGAAGCAAAGAAAGCCGCUGAUAACUGGGAAGUUCCUGUAGGCGCUGUACUGGUGCAGCAUGGGAAGAUAAUUGCUCGUGGAUACAAUUUGGUGGAAGAAUUGCGGGAUUCCACUGCCCAUGCUGAAAUGAUAUGCAUAAGAGAGGCCUCUAAUGUACUUCGGUCAUGGAGGCUUGCGGAUUCAACACUCUACGUGACUCUUGAACCAUGUCCCAUGUGCGCUGGAGCUAUUCUUCAAGCACGGGUGGACACUCUUGUAUGGGGAGCUCCUAAUAAGCUUCUUGGAGCUGAUGGCAGUUGGAUUAGGCUUUUCCCUAUUGGGGAAGGAUCUAGCGGUUCAGAAACCGCGGAGAAGCCAGCUCCUCCCGCACAUCCGUUCCACCCGAACAUGACAAUAAGGCGAGGGGUACUGGCCUCAGAGUGCGCAGACACGAUGCAGCAGUUCUUUCAGCUGAGAAGGAAGAAGAAAGAGAAGAAACCGGAAGAACCAGAAACCCCUCCGUCCUGCCUUCCCGUAGCUCCCCACCCUUCGAAGCUUCUCCACAAGAUGCACGACAUAUUCCACAUAACCUUCUGCUUGUAAAGUGGUAAUCUGGGCUGUGGACCAAAUAAGUACAUACCACCUGCCGGAAAAUAACAGGGGCGUCUCAGAUUCUAUAAUCCCAUCGUCGAUUUUUCCUAAUUGUUCAACAGUUGUGAAGAAUCCUGUUGAUGAGUUGUAAGUUUUGAAACGAUCAGCCUGUAAUCCUGAGUUGUGUAAGGGCUCUGUAUGUAUGUUUUGGUAACCCUGGCAGCCUAUUGCCAUACAAUUUCUCCUUUCUGAGGUUGUUUUGUUCCUCUCUAAUUAACGAUCUCGAUUCUGUAUAUGGAAUUCCUGAGAAUUACAUCGACUUA